AUACAUGUAAAUAAAUAUAAACAGUAAUGGUAAUGGACUACUUAAGGCUACAAAAUUUAAAUGAAGCAGAAAUAAUGAAUCAGUUUACAGUAAAUUCAAAGCCAAAAUCUGAGUUAAUUGAAGUGGAAAAGAAAAAAAAAGGCAGAACAAGUAUUUGUUUGACAAUAAUCAAAUGGAUUUUCACAUUCUUAUUGUUUUCUGGAAUUUUAUUUUGUUUAAUUGGAAGCAAAAUUUCUAUUUUGUUACUAUCUAAAAGGCUGAAUAAAGCAAGUUUUUCCACAUCUCCUAGAUCUUGCAAAGAUAAAAAUUGUUCUUCUGAGACUGCAUUUGUUAUGCUGAUAUUUAUCAUGAUGAUACCACAUGGCGUGACUUUUUUAAGAGUUUUGAUAAAUUCAGCAAUUUCAAGUGAAGAAGUCAGGCCAAAAAAAACAGCUAUUUUAUGGGGUAUAUUUAGUGCCAUUUUUGAAGUUAUUGGUAUCUCCAUGUUUACUCUUGUGAUUUUUGCUUUAGCAGAAAACCCUAUUCAUGCAAUUCUAUUCAUGAACGGAAUAUUUAUUCUUCAAGCAUUUCGACUAUUGAUUAAGGGUUUUAUAAAAAAACCUUAUAAUUUGACAAAUAUAAUUCUAUAUACUGUUGCAAUUUUCUCAGGUGUUGGUGGUUAUGCAUACGUCAUUUAUUUGUCAAAAUUUAUAAUUCUACAAAUCUCACUUCCAAUAUGUGUUUUAUUUUUGUCAUUGGCAUGGUCUUCUAAGAUAUUUCAACUGCAAACGCAAUCAAAAAAGCAAGAAACAAUAUAUGGCAAUAGCAUUAAUCCAAAUACAGCAAAUAAUAAUCAAGCAGAUUUGAUACUCAGUAAUUCAAUUAGCAUUUCUGAUGAUUUAUCUGAAAGAAGUGGAAAAAAUCUUGUUACUUUGGUUUCUUCAGCUAUAAAAUUGGUUCUAACACCAUUAGUUGCAUUUUUUAUAAACUACUUUUUUGGUAUUACUGAUUUUAAAAACCCAGGAGAUAGUUUCAAGCAGGGCUGCAUAUUUUUCAGUUCAGAUCAUUCUCUUAGUUUGUUUAUUACUAAUGUUGUUACAAGUUUUGUUGGUUUUUUUUUAUGCUAUUUAGCUUGUUCAAUGAAUUUGCAAAAAAUUUGUUUUUUUGUUCCUCUGCUUAUUUCAACACCUGUUUCAAUUUGCUUGGUACUCGUUGGAAACACAUUUAUUUUUAAAGGUUUUGAUGAUUUUAAGAAUUCUACAGAUAAGUUGCCUAGUACUGUUGUAAUUUGGGCUUUACUGUGGUUUUCACAAGUUUUUGCUAUAAAUAUACAAAUGUUUAAAUCCCAAGAGUUUUUGAUGGCCAGAGAACAGUCACUAUUUUGGUUGCCAACCUAUAAUGCUUGUUUGCUGGAACAACAUGUCUUAUACAAUCGGAAAAAUGAAGCAACUGAUGAGAAUCAGUUGAAUUAUCACGAAAUUGUUAAGGAAAGCCAAAUCUUUAUUUGUACAACAAUGUAUCAUGAGGCUGACUAUGAAAUGGAACAACUGCUACAGUCGCUUUCUAGAAUUGAUCAAGCUAGCAGUUAUUGUAAAAGGCAAUUUGAAGCUCAUAUUUUUUUUGAUGAUGGUGUUCGAGGUGAUGUUGUGAAAGUUUAUGCUUUGCAAUUAUUAUCACUUUUAAAGGAAACAAUGGGAAUUGAUCCUGGAAAAGCUUGUAAAUUAGAAACACCAUAUGGGUUACAAUUGAAAUGGCGUUUACCUAAUGGGAUGCCAUUUAUUAUUCAUUUGAAGGAUACAGUCAAAGUUAAAUCAAAAAAAAGAUGGAGUCAAGUUAUGUACAUGUCAUAUAUUCUUGAUUUUAAAGUCAAACAAUCAAACAAGUCUGAUGAUCUUACAUACAUCUUAGCAACUGAUGCUGAUGUAAUGUUUACUCCUGAUGAUGUAAUGGCACUUAUGGAUUUUAUGAGUAGAAAUGCAAAAGUUGGUGCUGUUUGUGGAAGAACUCAUCCUUUAGGUUCAGGACCAUUGGUUUGGUACCAAAUAUUUGAUUAUGCAAUUGGUCAUUGGUUAUUAAAAGUUGCUGAUCAUGUAUUUGGAACUGUUUUAUGUUCGCCUGGGUGUUUCAGUGUUUAUCGCGCUGCUGCUGUAAGAGAUAUUCUUCCACAUUAUGCAACUGGUGUGAAUUGUGCAAUGGAUUUUCUAAUGAAAGAUAUGGGUGAGGAUCGUUGGUUCUGUACAUUAAUGAUAGAAGCAGGCUGGAAGUUGGAAUAUUGUGCUACUGCUGAAAAUUCAACUUAUUGUCCAGAUAACUUUGAUGAAUUUUUUAAACAAAGACGUAGAUGGGGUCCAUCAACACUUGCAAAUUCUUUGGUUGUUAUUAAUGAGCAGAAAAGACUACGUGAAAAUAACAAUGCUAUUAAUUUAUUUUUUAUUGCCUACCAAGGAGUUUUACUAAUUUCAAGUGUUAUUGGGCCUUCCACAGUUCUCAUGGUUGUUGCUGGUGGACUUGAGUAUGCAUAUCCGUACACUGUCAACAUGGUAGUUGUAUUGAUACUGUUAAUAGUUGUAACAGUAUUAUAUACAUUAGUUUGCUUAUAUUGCAGUCAAGACACUCAAUUAAAGUGUUCGAAACUUUUAACACUUAUGUUUGCAAUAAUCAUGUCUAUUGCAAUUGUUGGAAUUAUUCGUCAGAUAGUUGAUGAUGUUGCAUUGUACAUUACUCCACCUACCCCAUCUCCUCCACCACCUACCCAAAUAACAAAUGUUACUGCUCCUCCAACAAAUACAACACAAAAUCCAUACAUUUUACGAAAUCCAUACAUUUUUAAUCCAUCAACAUGGUAUAUGUUUACUAUAUCAGCAAUAUUUAUUUUAACUGCAAUAUUACAUGGUUCAGAGGCUCCAUAUGUUUUCCAUGGAGUCUGGUACUUGUUAUGUUUACCAUCAGGUUAUUUGCUUCUUACUAUAUACUCAGUGUGUAAUCUUACAGACAGAAGUUGGGGGACAAGAGAAGUUAAAUCUCAAAGUCAGGUUGGAGAUAAAUCAAUAAUUGAUCAAAUAAAAUACUAUUUUAAAAGUAUAUUUUGGUGUUGCAUACCACCUCACUUACGUGUUGGUCAACCAAAGAACAAUGAAAAAGGAAAUAAAUCAAAUCCGACAUUAGAAACGCAAGAAAAUGAGACAGAGGAUCCAGAUGAUGACAAAAUGGAAGACACUCAGAUAUUAGAAAUGCAAGAGGAUGAGAUUUUAACUGAUGAUUCAAAUAAAGAAAAAAUUGACUACACUCAGGUUGUGCAGAUUAAAAAAGAUUAUGACCAACCAGAAAAAAAGUCUAUUUUAAAAACCAAGAUUGAAGAUCUUAAAUCGAAGCCUAUGAAAAAAUUUCGAUUUCCUGGUCAACCAAAAGAUAGAGGUGUUAAGUUUUCUGGAUCCAUGCCUCAUUUACGUUCAUCAUUACUUGUUGAAGAUUGGUUACCUUCUGAAUAUAAAUGUUAUGUUGACAACUUUAAAAACCAUGGUUACGACAAUAUUUCAUUUAUAGCUGGAUGUAUAAAAGAAAAGGAUUUAAUUAGUAUUGGUAUAGUAAAUCAUGGUCAUCGAAAACGUCUUAUGCAUGUCAUUGAAAGCCUUCCUCCAGAGGAGCUAUUGCAGGAGAUUCCAGAAAAUGUACAAGAAUGGUUGACCAAUUUAGGUCUAGAAGAGUAUUGGGGAAAGUUUUUUGAAAAUUCUUAUACAGAACCACGUGACCUAGCAGAUAUUAAGUAUUUAAGUCGUGAAGAAAUAAUGUCUUUGUUCCAAAUUAAAAAAGAAGGACAUAUAAGGCGAUUACUGAAAGCUACUUCAGUACUUCAGUAUCCAACAAAAGCUCAAACUCGUAUUCGUGAAGCAAGAAAAGCUAUUAUGUCAGAAGUUACAAGGAGUUUAAAAGAAGACAAUGCAGAUGACGGAGCCGAAUUUGAAUUCUGGGAUACUUUAAGAAGUAUUUGUUUAUUGCCCGAACAAGCAGCUUUUAAUUCGAGUGGAGAGUUAGUAGAAAAGCUUAGUGAUCUGCGUGAUACUUCGCUGCUUGUAAUGGGAAUUGCCAAUGUAUUGUGGUUAACUUUCAUGGUUACAGUUAUGAACCAAGGAAAAGCUCUUAAUUUGAUUGGAACUUCGUUCGCCAGUUUGGCUUUUUUAGCAGUAUACAGUAUUGUUUUGGUGUUACAGUUUGUUGCUAUGGUUUUUCACAGACUUGAAGCUGCAUUACAUUAUAUAGCAAGAGCACCUUUCAAACCUGGCCAUUUUAAAUCUAAUUGGUCUUGGAGAGACGACGAUCUUCCUGCUCCGCCAAAACCAGAAGAAUUAGAAAGAGUUAGACGAAAAAGACGAAGGUUUACUAAUGAUUCAAACUCAAGUGUCGGACCCUUGAUCUUCAAUCCUGAGCAUUCAUCCUUCAAUUAAUCUUAGAUCCUGAGUGUUCAUACUUUGAAAUAUAAUGUGCUAUAUAAAAAAACGUUAGAAGAAUUAAAAUUGUUUGAUAGACUUUUUAUAACGAUUUUCUUAUGACAUUUUUUAAUUUUUAUGAAUGAUUUAUUAUAUUUAUAUAUUUUAAAUAUUAACUUUUAAUAUUGGUACACGUAAAUGAAAUUUACAUUAGUUGCAUUAACAUUUUACCUUUUUUUACCUUUUUUUACCUUUAUUACCUUCUUUUUUUAACUAGAUUUUAAAUUUGCCUUUAGUUUUUGUAAUAUUUUAAAAUUUUUGUAUGUUUUUUUUAUUUAUUUAUUUUUAUAACAUAAGUAUAAUAAAAGUUUGUUAAGAUUAAAAAUAU